AUCAUAUAUCUCUACAUGUGAAUUAGAACAUUGUUUGAAAUUAAGGGGUGCACGCGGCUGGCGCGGCUCCUGAAUUAGACAUGGACACAGGUUUUGUGAACGAGACGAAGGAAAUGAAUCAUGGCGACCAUUUUGGAUAUGUUACCACCCUAAAACACGCAGACACAUCAAAUGCCGACGCCAAAGGUAUCCACGUGACCUGGAUGCUGGCUCCUUACAUCAAGUACCGUCAUUUGGUAGACAUUUCUCUUGGUAUCGAUCCUCCGCAAGUCACACAAAAAGACGACAGUGUUACCCUGAAGAUUGGCACUCUCUCCUGGGGAAUGGCAGCUACAAUCUCCUUCAAAGUUCAGUUUGACCCAGAGAUGAUCCUAAAGCCGAAGUAUUAUGACAUUGUGACGCCCGUUCAACUUCUCUACUACGAUGACUAUAAGGAGGAUAACGGGGUGGUUACCAAGAAGAACUUGCACAGUCUUCUCAACAAAGUUUCUUUUGACGUCGAACUGCCAGGCUGCUCACAGCCAUUGGGAAUGAAAAGUGGAAAAAUCAAUGACUACCAGAUUACAGCUUCCUCGAGUUAUGAUGAAUCUCAACCAUCGCGGGCUCGAGAGACCGAGGACGCUUGGUGCACUGACAAGGAGGAUAAAGAUCAGUAUAUUCAAGUAGAUUUCCUACUCAAGACACGCGUGACACGCAUGGGAACCAUGCGACGAAAGACCAAAGAUCACUGGGUGUCUGAAUAUUUCCUGCAAUACAGCAACGAUGACAUCACGUGGCAUGAUUACCUUGAAAAUGGCCAAGUCAAGAUCUUUAAAGGUCCUCAAAAGUCGGGAGACCGACAUAUGAUCGACCAUAAACUCCGCUACCCAAUCGAGGCGAACAGUAUUCGCAUUCGCCCGUGGGAAUAUGAAGAGCUGAUCUGUAUCAGGUUCGAGUUAUAGGGCUGUGACAUUCCAGGUUCUCCAGCAAACUGCAUCUCUCCUCUGGGUCUUGAAUCUGGUGAAAUUACUGACGCAGCUCUGACACACAGCCUUCCUUCCAAUAGCGAUACUAAGCCAGAGUACAUCCGUCUCCACAAUAACGUGAAGAACUUCCCUUAUGGAUGGUAUCCAUCAUCGCCUGAUGACUAUUUGCAGAUAGACUUCGGCUCACUGCGCAGGGUGACGAGAAUGUCUACGAUGGGAGGAACUUACUCAUUUUUUUACGUCAAGCUGUACGAACUAAAGUACAGCUUGGAUGGUAUGACGUGGGUGGAUUAUCGUGAAAAGUUGAAUGGACCAAAAAGCAAUAAAGAGGCCGUUUACGCAGUCCUCGCCAAAUUAGCCGAGCCAUUCGUGGCCCGUUACUUACGAAUCUUCCACGACGCUAAGGGUGGGGCCAUGAGAGCAGAGGUUUACGGAUGUUUUGCUGAAGAACUUCCACCUUAUGAUGGAGUCUCUAUGUAUGCUCGAAGGUCCUUCCUGUUGGAUCCCGUCACUGACAGGUUUUAUGUCUGCAUGUACACAAGUGAAUUAAUUGAAAGCAGCUGCUUUUCAACCACAGAUGGUGUGGAAUGGAUUGCUGUUCAGCCUUUCAUCAUUAGUGUAACAGCCUCCAACCCCUCCUUGAAGGAAAUAUAUGGUCUGGAUCGAAGAAUGAACUUCCAUCGUAGUCGCGACUCGGGUGAAUCUUGGCGACAGAUCACGGACGGUUACUUUAACAAAACACUGACAGAAACCCAGUUGAUCAAAGCGAAGGCUCUUCCGGAAAAUCUUGUGUCUGAGAUACCCACGGGUGAGCUAACAGCGGUCGCUAACUCUACUGGAACUACCUGGGGAGUUUCCGGGCAUGGAAUCCAUGUGAUGACCGCUGGAAGCAAGGCUUGGAGCCUAGUGGGCACAUGGAAAUGUUGCGGCCAGUAAUGAAAUGGGUGCCUAUUGACAAUUGUGAAACUUGUAAAUAUUACAACUUUAUCACAUAUAUAACUCUUGCAUACGUUUGCACACAGCACGUAAAAUUAGAUAAUGGGACACUGGUAGGGAAAAUAUCAAAUAGCCAUUUUGGUAGCGAUAGUUGACAGUUUUGUUGGGACAUGUCACAAUUACGACCUUGAUAUGGUUGGUAAAAAAUACCGAGGAAAAGGGCUUAGAUAAAUCAAACUGUAACAAACGUAGAAGAUACGUUUUCCUUUUAAACAUUUCUUUUGGUCUCACGAUAGCGUUAUGAUUUAUAAACUCUUUUAAGAUUAAAAUAUUAAUAUUAAAAUAGUUUCGUGAGAUCAUUCCUGGGUUGUUAAAACGAAAACAGUUUUAACUUAACCCAGAUUUUGUUUAAAUUUGUGACUUCAAUUUUGAAACUUCGAAGACAGUUUUGUUGACAAAACUUUGUACCAUCAGUUUACUUCGUGGUAAGAUGAAGGGCCUCAAUAAGAUAGCACUGACAUGCAGAUGCCGGGAGUUUUCAGCCUCUUCGCUUCCUAACAGUUCUUUCGUUGCUGCAUGUAAAUUCCUCGAAUUUCAGUCGAGAAAACCUCUGCUGAAUUUGAAAUUAAUUAAAGUUUUUGUAUAAAAAUGUGACUUGCGGUGAUGAUCAGAUGACUGCUAAGUAAAGAAAUAAAAUUGCUGCUUGUGAAUC